AUGACAGAAUACAAAUUAGUUAUUGUUGGUGGUGGUGGUGUUGGUAAAUCUGCUUUGACCAUUCAGUUGAUUCAGAAUCACUUUAUCGAUGAAUACGAUCCAACCAUUGAAGAUUCCUAUAGAAAGCAAGUCACUAUCGAUGAAGAGACCUGUUUGCUCGAUAUCUUGGAUACUGCCGGUCAAGAAGAGUACUCGGCAAUGCGUGAUCAAUACAUGAGAACAGGUCAAGGUUUCCUCUGUGUCUAUGCCAUCACCUCGCGUUCAUCAUUCGACGAGAUAGCAGCAUUCCGUGAGCAGAUCCUGCGUGUCAAAGAUAAGGAUAGAGUACCAAUGAUCGUUGUCGGUAACAAGUGUGAUUUGGAGUCCGAACGUCAAGUGACCACCGGUGAAGGACAAGACUUGGCCAAGUCAUUCGGAAGUCCAUUCCUCGAGACCUCUGCCAAGAUUCGUGUCAAUGUCGAAGAGUCAUUCUACACCUUGGUUCGUGAGAUCCGAAAGGAUUUGAAGGGUACCACCAAGCCAGAGAAAGCUCAAAAGAAGAAAUCACUCAUCAAAUCAUGUUCUCUCCUCUAA